AUGUCCGCAGAUGACGGAAACCCUAGUGAUCUUCCCAAUGGAUCCAGGAAGAGGAAGGCCAAGGACAGAGACGAAGCUGAAGGUUUGCGGAAACAGAAGCGCGUGUGGGUCAAGAAGAGGUCGAAAACUUGGUGGGAACAACGAAACGGUCCGGAUUUCCCCGAAGACGAGUUCAAGAAGGAGUUUCGAAUGGGGAAGGCUACUUUCGACAUGAUCUGCAAUGAGCUGACGACUUCGAUCGAGAAGAACGACAAACGACGGAAGGAUGCCGUCCCGGUGAGGAAGCGAGUGGCUGUUUGCAUUUGGAGAUUGGCCACCGGGGAGAAACUCAAAGAUGUCGCCGAGAAGUUUGGGUUGGGGACGUCAACUAUCCAUAAGAUAAUACGUGAGGUUUGUGAAGCCCUAGAGACAGUGUUGAAAGAUAAGUAUCUGAAAUGGCCGGAAGUAGAAUCUGCCAAGAUGAUUCAGGAUGGAUAUGAAUCUUUAUCAGGGAUCCCUAAGCUUAUCGGAUCAAUGUAUACUACCGAUAUUCCGAUCAUUGCGCCCACAAAGGAUCCUUCUAAGUAUCGUCACGAAAACGAGAUGACUUGUUAUUCAGUUAGGGUUCAGGGCGUUGUUAAUCAUAAAGGGGUGUUUACCGACGUAUUCAUUGGUUCCCCGGGUUUGAUGUCCGACGAUCAGGUCCUGAAAGAAUCGGUCCAGAAAGAAUCGGAUCUCGCCGAGACGGUUAAAGGAUUGAGAGGUGUUUUGAUCGGUGCGGGUUGUGGAUACACUUUGUCGGAUGGGGUUGUGGUUCCUUACGCAAAGCCAAAGCGGUGGACUCAUAGUGAUUUUAAUAUGAGACUUGGGAAAGUCGAAAAGGUUUCGAAAGAUGCGUUUGCUAGGUUAAAAGGGAGAUGGUGUUGUUUGGAAAGGUUGGAUGUGAAAGUAAUUAAGGACGUGCCGAAUAUCAUCAUACUUGCAUGCUGCAUUUUGCAUAAUAUUUGUGAGUUGAUGAAUGAAGAAAUGGAUACAACAAAGUGCGAGUUUGAUGAUCUCUAUGAUGAUCGGAUCGCGGAGCCGGUGAAGCCAAUAGGGUCAUCAACCGCUAAGGAAGCAAGGGAUUCUUUGGCAGACUAUCUUUUCCACUUCGUAAAGGGUCCUGCUUGCAAAUUAGAAGGAAAUUUGAAUACCGCUUGA